UUCUCUUAAUGUUUACAACUGAAUCUUCUGUACUUUUCUAUGUGAUUUUUUUUCUCUUGUUAAUUUGGUUAUUUUUUUUCUUUUUAAUUUGAUUGGUGAUUAAAGAAAAUAUGACAGAUUUUGGUGCUGAAAAGGGUGAAGAAGAAGAUAACCCUCAACCAUUUUUCCAUCAGCUUAAAGAGGAUAGUAAAUUCUUUGAGAAUUGGACUGACCCAGAACAAACAGUUUAUAUUCAAUCUCUUUUAUCCAAAAUGUCUCAUCAUCAACAAAGUCAAAUCGACACUUAUCUUAAACCAAUGUUGAAAAAAGAUAUAAUUUCUCUUUUACCACAGAAAGGUCUUGAUCAUGUUGCUGAGAAUAUUUUAUCCUAUCUGGAUCCUGAUUCUUUAUGUUGUGCUGAAUUAGUUUGCCGUGAUUGGUAUCGUAUUAUAGCCGAGGGAAUGCUAUGGAGAAGAUUAAUUGUAUAUAAGGUCGAAACAGAUCCCUUAUGGCGAGGCCUAGCUCGACGAAGAGGAUGGAUCCGUUAUCUUUUUAAACCUGCCCCUGGUGAACAACAUCCUGAUCAUCUUUUCUAUCGUCGUUUGUUCAUCAAUAUUAUUAUAGAUAUUGAAGCCACUUACGAAAGUGAAUGGAGAGGAAUUGAAAACAAUCUAUCAUCCAUCGAUUGUCGUAGUGAAAGCAGUAGUGAUGAAGUCUAUUGUUCACAAUACGAAGAGAUACCAUCUAUAACACCUAAACCCUUAAAAAGUGAUUCUGGUUCACUUGUUGAUUAUUUUUGCCGAAUCGGAGAGGAACCAGCAACCCAAAGUACCUCACCACCAACAUCAACAAUGUCUCAACUUCAUCUUCGUCAACUACAACGACAACAACAUCAACAGCAGCAACAACAACAACAACAAUAUCUUCAACAGCAACAACCAUCACCACCACCACCAUCACAACCCCUACAACAACAAAAUCAUCAUCAUCAUCAACAAGAUCAUCAAGAUGAACAGCAAAUUCAACAACAGGUGUAUCAUAAUGUUAAGUUGAAACUGGAAGAAAAGAGAAGGCUGAUUGAACAGGAAAGAAAAUCAGCUGAAGAUAUGUGGAGAGCUAAAAGACAAGACAUCGGAAAAGAGGCCUUCUUAAGAGUAAUUAGUCAAUCAAAGAAAAGUGAUUCCGGUUCGCAAGAUGAUGUUUAUGAAAAAGAAGGUAGUUUAGUUGUCUCUUCUGAGAAGGAAUCAUCUGAUACCUUAUCGGUUGAAGAAGAAGAUGAGAUACCCAAUUUCGCCACGGAUAAAGGUUUUUUCAUCUCUUUUGCCGAUGAAAAAUUACCCCAAGUGAAACCACCUCCUUUACGACCAAAGUGUUUCCGUGCAGUGACCGUUUCUCGUGAUCGUCGAAACAGUUUAAAUGAGUUAAAUCAUGAUAAUAAUAAUUCUGAUCGUUUAUCAAUGGGUCGAGCACCUUCAAUCCGUUCACUGGCCAGUUCAGAAAACACCUCAGAGAGAUCAAGAAGUGAAACCAAUGUUCCUUUCAGACUUAAUCAGCGUCUCUCCAAUCAUUCAAAUACAAGUUUAAACAGUUCCGUUGUUAACAAUAACACUAAUCUUAAUGAGAAUAUUGUGAAUACAAUGUUUAAAAGUAACGGUACCACAAAUAGUUACCCUUCAUCACAAAAAAGUGGCUCCAAUGAUGGUGAUUCUAAUAAAGAAAAUAAUUCCGAUAUUAUGCCCAACAACAACAACAACAGUAACAAUAACAAUCAAUCUGAUCAACCACGAUCAUUAACUCCCGGAGUUGGUUUUAUUAUUGGUUCUGAUGCACAAGCACUUGACCCUGUCUCAGAACUUGAAAUGGCCAAGAAAAAAGAGAUCAUAAUGUUACAAUCAUUGAAACGUCGGGCGAUGCAGGAAGAGAAAAGAUCCCAAAAAGAAACUGAAUUAGCACGACAACGUGAAUUAGAAAGACAAAAAAAGGAAGUUCAAGAGAGAAAAAAGGAAGAAGAAAAAAUGAGACGAACAAUGAUUCUUGAACAAUAUCGUCUGAGAAAAGCUCAAGAAGAUUCUGAUAAAGAUGGUAAUAGCUCCAAUUUUUCAAAUUUCUCUCCAAAAGAUUCAAGUCGUAGUGGUUCAACCCUUUACCUGUAUCGUCCAUCACGGUCACGACCAUCAUCGGGAACCAAACCACGGCCUAAAUCACUUCACGUUAGUGUCUCAAAUAAUCAAGAUUACACCUCAUAUGAUCCAAAAUCAUCACGUAUAAACGAUGAUAUGGAUGGAAAUUAUUCAAAUUAUAGCUCUUCCAUACUUAAUCACCCAACCUCUGGAAAUAGAUCAACUAAUAAUGGUUCACGUCCAGGAUCAUCUAUGUCAACAACUAAUCCUAAUAAUAAAAGGUUACCAUCACCAACUUGCCGUUUACCACAAUUACCAGCAUCUUGUAUACUUGGUCGAUACAAAGGAGGCCCUUCAUCCGAUGGAGCCUCUGAUGCAGGGUCAACGUUUUCUGAAUACACUGGACCCAAAUUAUACGUUAAACCAACAUCUAAAUCAAAUAGAGGGAUUAUUGUUAACGCAAUUAACGUAGUCCUGGCUGGUGCAGUUAACAACAAUCUUAAGAAGAAAGUUUUAGAGGAGAUCAACAAUAGUGACAGUAAACACUUUUUAAUACUCUUCCGAGGAGCGGGUAUGCAAUUUCGAGCCAUUUAUUCAUAUAAUCCCGAUCGUGAAGAUCAACUAGAAGUUUUUAAACUUCACGGAAAUGGACCUAAAAUGGUUACCGAUGAUAUGAUGGAUAAAUUUUAUAAAUAUAAUUGUGGAGGAAAAGUUUUCAACGAAGUUCAGACUAAACAUCUAUCGGUUACAAUUGAUGCCUUUACCAUUCAUAAUACUCUGUGGGCUGGUAAAAAAGUGAUACCAGUCAAGAAGGAUUCAUUUUAAACUGACCACUACAAUGUCUUAAUCUUUGCCACAGCCUUUAUACUUACCCACCCCACUCUCCAAUCACCACUUCCAAUUCACCCUCUUCCUCUUUUGUUUACUUUCUGAUUGCCUUUAAAUCUCUCUCUCUCUCUAUCUCUUAAACGAAGAUGAUUUCAAAGAUCUGUUUCAAUUUGAUCAAUCAAAAAUUAAUUGGAAACAAUUAACUUAGUUAACCUUUAAUCUUUCCCUAUACGCUUCCUACAAUAAAUUGUUAUUGAAUUGAUUAAGAUUUCAAUUUGAAUUUCAUCAACACCGAGAAUCAGAAUUACUAAAUCUAAGUAAUUAAUAAAUUACUUAAAUUUAAGUUUUUUUUUCUUUCUUUUCUUUACUUGAUUUACAUCAAUUCCCUUAUCCUACCCUCUCAAUUGUAACAAUUAACCCAACAAUUAUUCUUAUAUUAGUUUUAUUCUUAAUAAUUUUAUUUCCCUUCCGUGUAAAGUAAAACAAUUAACUAAUCAGCUAGUUUUAGAAUGACAAUUAUAUAUUUUGAUCUCGCCCAUAAAAAAAAAUAUUACUUACACUUAUAUUGAACAAAAAUCAAUUAAUUUAGUUAUAACAAAUUGUCCAAAUUAAAUCAAACUAAUCAAAACAGAAAAAGGUUCACAAACUAAUAUAUAUCACAUUUAGAUCAUUUGAUUGAUCAAAUUGAACAUAACAAACGAAAUCAACAUUGGAGUGAUUUUAAUUACAAUAAAAGCAAAACUAAUCAACAACAAUCAACGCGAAAAGGUGAAAACAAAAAACAACUCUAAGAAUCUGAAUGAACCAUGCAAACCAAUUAGUAUCACUGAUUAGAACCACAAUUACAACAAUUAAAAUCAUCUCCACUUUGAUUAUCUCUUCCUCUCUUCCUCUCUCUCUCUCUCUCUGUUGAUUAUCUUUUUUUGUUGAUUACAAUUAGCAAGAUGAUCAUCAUCAUGAUUACAAUUACGAUUACUAUUAUUUAUAACAUUCCAAAUUUUGGAAAUUAGUGUUUUUUUUUCAUUUAAUUUAGUAUUUUCAGUUUUUUCCUUUACAAUUUUCACAACUCUCACAAUUAUUGCCUCUUGACCUGUUCCACUUGACCAUCACCCACCCACUGGACAUGACACUUGAACCAAAAAGCAAAUUGUAACAAUUAAAUGUCAACAAAGCGAAACAAUUAAUCAGGUGAAAAGAUUACGAUGAAAACCUUGUAUAAAAAGAUUGUAUCUCUCUGUUCAAUUUCAAUGAUUACUUCGUAUAUAAGAAAACAAGAACUUAUCAUGAAA